AUGGAGGACCCUCUCGUCCAAGCGUUGCCUCCGGCUACUGAUUACUUGACCUAUCUUACAUUGCUGGAGUAUCAGUUGACACCAGAGCGUCUGCCGCUCUUGCACACUCUUCUGCAAGAUGAAAAGCUCACAACGAACAUCGGCUGGGACCUGGUCCAGCUCCUCCUGCCGAUGCUACCAGCAUCCACGGACUGCCUAGAGGAUGUGGCUAGACUUGGGAAUCCGCGAGAAGUGAUCUUGCGCGUUUCUGAGUCUCUGAUGCAGCUUCAGCCCGAGGACGAGGACGAGGACGAUGAUGAGGUUGGCAAGGGACUCCCUCUGCAUAUCCUCCAGUUCAAUUGCCUUCUCGGCAUGCUUGCGGUGCUUCAUACACGGAUCCAAACCAAAGCUCCGAGUCGGUUCCUGGCGACUUCCCUUCAAGCAGCUUUGGAAGCAUAUACCACGAUGGCGACAAACGAGACUACCCUGGCCUUCCUUGAGUUCUUCCGCGCAGUCUCCCCUUCCAAGAGACCUGCGCCGCCUCCUCGAGCUGCGAGUGAGUCUAGUGUCCUGCGGGUUGCCGCUGCCUCAGCUCCAGAUCCCGAGGCAGAGGUAGCCUCGCCGUCCCCUUCGGCCGAUAACGAGACACUCCUUGUCCGAAAGUUCACCCAGUUCGGCCUGCUUGAACUGCUCAAGUCAUAUCUCUUGAGCUUCUCCAGUCCCAUGGACCCGGGGAUGUCGUGGACCAUUCGGAUGCAGGAACGCUUACAUCCGAACCUGCGGCUACCCACCCAAUCGCAGACCGAGGCAUAUGGAUCAACCAAAGCCCUCAAAGAGCGCGAUAUGAUCAUGGGAAAGAUUCUGGCUUUGUCACGAGAUGUAGGAAUCGAUAACGAGCAGCUUCUGUCAAUCAUCUCCGAUUCCCCAACAAAUCAAUCCGCUCAGGUUGAUUUUGACGAGCCACCCAUACACCCGGAUCAGAUUCCGCUAGAACGUCACGGUUCACUUCUACUACUAGCAGCUCGAGCGGCAGGAACGACCCUUUUCGAGUCUGGACACCCUCUCCCCCAAAUAUCGGUUUUCCCUCACCUGGCCCAGAUAUUUAGCAAUUUUGUUGGCGGCCACACCAAUCUCGACGAAAUAGCGUUUGGCCAACCCCAUGCCCUUCUUGACUCCCUACUGGCUUUGACAGUCUAUGCUCUGCAACAACCCAUCGAAACCCCACCAAGCGAAAUUGAGUUCAAGGAUUUCGUUGUCACUCUGACGGCAUGCACAGCACGCCAAAGCCACGGGAUUGUUCGCCAGAUUCCAGCUGCCAUUGUUCAAAGUCACCCAUCUUCCGAGAAACGGUUCAAGCUUAUACACAAGAUUUUGGAAGACGACAAUCUUUCCUCAGCCCGGGAUAGCGCCAUCGCCUGGUUAAGGGAUGAACUUAUUCGCAAUCCCAUCCAGUCUUCUGACACUGUUUUCCAAGACCCGCUCUACUUUUGGGCUUUAUUCCCGUCUCUUUUCAAGCCGGUCACAGCUGCCAGCUCAUCUUCAGAUCUUGUAGCCACAUGGUCCCGUCUUACCCAGACUCAAGGCGCACCAAUUCACUCGGCAUUGAGUCUUUACUUUUUGUUGCUUUCUUCGCCAUCCCUACGAGAGCAGCUUCAACUCGAGAAGACUGCCAAGUUCUUCCGAAGCAAUGUACUGGACCCUCUCCGACAGUUGUUCCGUAGCUUCGAGGCCGAUCUCACAGCUAAAGGAGGUGAGGGUGUCAUUGAAGCUGCAGUUGGCGAAGAAAUGUGUCAGAUUGGAAAUGCACGCUCUGUUGGGAUCAUUGGUCUUACUCUGGAUCAAAUCGAGGAGACAGCUAGCGAUGCUUUUGGCCAUGACGAGGGGGAUCUGACUGAAUAUUCUACGGCUGAAGAGGCUAAGGUGUCAGAGAUUCGGAAGGAGAUUGCUAUUUGGAACUAG